GUAAAAUAUCAAACAGUUGAAUGCGUAUUGUAGCUGUUUGACAGCGUAAUACCGGGCCACGCGACGUUGCCGUCUCGCGCUUUUACUUUUAGGAGGUCAAGUGUACAAAAUACAAAUAUGCUCGCGAUGGAGUCCAACUGCAACGGUGAGGCGCAGGAAUUGAACCUUGUUAUUUGAGACAGAGAGUCCAAUCCUGAGAACAGGACGGACGAAACCAUGUUGAAAGAGCGGGAAAGUUCGGAGGGGUCUCCGGGAGCGCCGGACGAGUGCGCCGGCUGCGGGGGGAGGAUACAAGAUAGGUAUUACCUCCUAGCCGUGGACCGACAAUGGCAUGGCUCUUGUCUCCGGUGCUGCGAGUGCCGGCUGCCCCUUGACACAGAGCUGACUUGCUUCUCCAGAGAUGGGAACAUCUAUUGCAAGGAAGACUACUACAGAUUGUUCUGCGUAAAGAGGUGCGCGCGUUGUGGUAACGGCAUCACAGCUAACGAGCUGGUGAUGAGGGCCCGCGAGAUGGUGUACCACCUCACUUGCUUCACGUGCGUGGCGUGCGGCACCCUGUUGUCAAAGGGUGAUGUCUUCGGUAUGAGAGACGGACUUGUCUACUGCCGGCCUCAUUAUGACACUGCAUGUUUGGACGACUAUUGCGAUGAGGAAGCCAACAAUGUUUACAGGUGUCAAGAUAUGCACAGCGAAGGUGAUUCCCCUUCGCAGUUUUACUCCGGCGGUCCUAGUCCCAAAGGUAGACCGAGGAAGAGGAAGCUAGCCCAGGGCUCCCCUGAGGACAUGCAAGUCCAGACCAUGAGGAUGGCCAGCACAGCAUUAGAGAUACUUCACCGGGGCGAUUUAUCAUCGUCAAUGGAAUCUCUAGCGUAUGAUUCAUCAGUGGCGUCACCAGGCAGCGUGUCCAGUCAUACACAGAGGACCAAACGUAUGCGUACCAGCUUCAAGCACCAUCAGCUCAGAACCAUGAAGUCCUACUUCGCCAUCAAUCAGAACCCGGACGCCAAGGAUCUCAAACAACUGGCUCAAAAAACGGGUCUCUCCAAACGCGUGUUGCAGGUGUGGUUCCAAAACGCUCGCGCGAAAUGGCGAAGGAACAUUAUGCGGCAGGAAUCCAACAGCAACCCUGGUCAUUCUGGUAACGGCUCCAUCCUACCAGGUUCUGUGCCACCCAACGUGGUCCCCACGACGAUGUUGAUGGAGCAACACCAGCCCAUCGAAGACAUGAGGGUACACACUCCACUCCCGCAUCCGAUGGGCUUCAAUGAAAUGUACUGACAAACAAACGACGAGGAACAAUGCAGUCCUCAAUAAUUAAUCACGGAGCUCAUGAAAUCGAAGGUUAUUGCAGAGUUCGUAUUUUGAUGGUCGGUGGUGGUAAUGAGUGUCAGAUUUUUUAUGCAACAUGGAAAUAUUAAAUGCCCAGGAAUCUUGACACAUUGAACAUCGUUUCGAACGAUGCUGCUUUUAACACUCCAGGUUUUAAAGUCAUUUUACCCGAAUAUUGGAGUCAAUUCGGAGGCGCUUAUUCUCCCAACCUAUCUCUUAACCUAUUGUUUUAUAAAAUUACUGUUAUGUACUAUGCUAUACUAAUAACUUUGGCUUAAAUGUAUUAGACAUUGAGUUCAUAUUGAUAUUUAGAAUAAAGACAUCGCUGUGUUAUCCAAUUUUAUUAUUAAACUAUUUAUUAAUUAAUUUUACAAUAUGAAUAUAAAUAAUUAUAAAUUACAGAAUAUAUUAAAUAACUAUAUAAUACUAAUAACAAUUACGAUAUGAAUAGAUACACACCAAUACUUAAAUAAUGAAUAAUAAUAAUAAGAAAAUACGUACCUAUCGUGAUACAAUUUCAAUGACUAGAUAAUAUUGUAACAGAUCCUUAGACUAUUUCGAAAGUGAAAAAAG